AUGGUUAAAAGAACAAGGGAAUCUGUGGAUAAACCAUCUAAAAAGUUGAAACUUGAAACAAAUCAUACCAUUUAUAUAAAUAAUCUUAAUGAUAAGAUUAAUACCAAUACCCUAAAACAUAAUCUUUAUUUACUUUGUUUAGCUUAUGGAGAUGUCAUCGAUAUAAUCAUUAAACCUAAAAGUAAAAAAAUGAGAGGUCAAGCUCAUGUGAUUUUCAGUAGUAGUGAUGAGGCAGCUAUGGCACUUAAGAAAUUAAAAGAUAUGGUAUUUUUCAGUAAACCUAUGAAAGUUGAUUAUUCCAGAAAGGUUUCCCAUAUAAUUAGACAAUCAGAGAUAGAAUAA